CAAACAAUUUUUGUAUAGAAAAGAUUCAGAAUUUGGAUUCUGGAUAUCUCCAUCAUCUUACAGCCUCUCAAAAAUGAAACCGACAAAAUUUCCAAGUUUACAACAAGCCCACCAUUUUCGCCCAAAGAUUUGUUUCCAUUUUCAAAAUAUACCUCUUUAUAAGUACUAUAAACGAAAGCAGUUUAAUUGCAUUACCCACACCCACACUGUGCUCAUUCAUCACUCCUUACAAUGGCGCCCAAAUACAACCUCCAAGAGCUGUCCAAGGAUCAUCCAUUCAUGACUUGUCUUGUGAAGGUGAACACUCGCUCUUCUGGGCAAAAGACUGUUGCAAAAGUCUUGCAAAAAUGUCAUGGGAUAUAUAGCUUCAGAAUGGAUGAUGAUGGCCUGGUUGAAAUCUCGGGUACAGUUGAUCCCAAUUUACUUCUGAAAAUGGUUGGAAAAUCAGGCAGAAAGGCAGAGCUACGCUGGUUACAGUUUGGAGAGUGUUCCAGCAAUUUAUUCAUGCCAAUGAACCAGGGAGGAGUUAACAACUCGUAUGAUGGAAGGUAUCUCCAUGCAGGCAACCUUCCUCGUGCAAAGCUACCUUCACAUGAUGCUCUCAGGUCAUCGGCUCACAAUCAGAAACAUGAUUACCAGAUAGCAUAUGAUGACAAACAUGAUUAUGAUCAGGAUCGCCGUGAUUGGAACUACCAUUAUCAGCAUACUUAUGAUCACAAUCAAGACUAUCAGCAUGGUUGUUUAGAUCACAAGCAUCACUAUCAGCUUGCUUAUGAUCAGAAGCAUCAUUAUCCACAUUCUUAUCGGAACUAUGAUCAUGCACAUGAUUCUCAGUAUACCAGCUAUGGGUACAGACAUGAUGGAAACCAGAUGCAUUAUAGCAAAGCCUUACCGGGCGUAGGUGGUGAAGGCAUGGGCUGUUGCACUGUGAUGUAAGAUACGUGCCGCACUCAACUAAAGGAGUAGGCAAGUGAAAUUGAGGAGAACUUUCUAAAGCUCCCUAGUUUCUGAUUUUUCUUUUCCUUGGAAAUUUUUGAACUUUUGUCUUAUGUAAUGCCU